GAAGUCCACAUACAGCUUGGAGACCUUUAUGGGUACGGUAUGAAAGAUGACAUCCAAGACGUCUCCACGGAUUGCAAGGAGCUUUUCCGAGAGCAAUUUGUGGUGUAGCCUGCCGUGUUGGUUGAUAUAAGGCGGACUAUCGCCGAUCGCCAUGCGCAGAAUUUCUAGCCGCAGCUCGCAGGGGAGCUUUUGGAAAUUGAACGUUGGGCCCUCUUCAAGAGGCAUGGCAGCCUGGACAGCGCCAGCAGCCUUGCCAUCCAGCUUAGGGGUGAUUUUCUGCCCGUGGCAUAGUUGUCGGGGUUUUGAAAGGAUGCUUCCCAUGUUCGCAGAGUGACGCGAGGUGAGAGAAGGCAAGCGUAAUGGUGCUGUCAAGAUGCAAGGAACAAGAGUCUGAGGCUUGGUACAAGAUUUUCGCUGUACCAGAGAUUGAGACAUGGACACUUGGUCACUGCUACUCGACGUUCCCACUGGAGCCAGAGGCGGUAACUUACACGCUACCUCAGACCUUGACAUCAGCAUCGACAACGAACCAGCAAGAUAAUAGGGAGAUCGAACAUGCGAAGGCCAGACUCGAACGAGCCUUUCGGCUGGCGAUGAGUGAGUUUACACUCUCACCACGACGUCUGCAACGUUGCCCGAAUCUGUGGUAUGGCAUCGGAUCAGCUGGCUUUGGAAGUAAGAACUCAAGUUGGAGUAUACCUUCACUUACGGCUGACCUCCGCCAAAUGCGCACGCAAUGUAUUUUGUGCUUGCUUGCUUCGGCACAGUAUGCUUCCGCAGCAGCUGCACUUUUGCAUUAUCCUGCACGUCAAUGUCAUCAUACCUCCUACACGGCUGCGAAUAUGCGUGCCAAGGACUAUGGUUUCGACGGACUGAGCAGCGCAUCCUUCGCCGAAGGGCUCAUGCUGCCAAGGCAAUCCUUCGGCCAACGACAAAAGUUAACAUCGUCCUCUCUCCUUCAUUGAUUCGGGGCCGUUCAAGAACUUCUGCUAGACAAGACACUGCCGGAAAAUCACUUCCUUCGUCACCACCCGUGUCGCAUCGUCGAUUCCGCAGAACCUUUUGCUUUUACACAAUUGCCAAGCAUACAGCGGCUUCAUGAGGACCAAUUUGUUAAUGAUCCGACCAAAGUGCCAAAAUUCUCAUCUCUAGCGCUCCAUCGUGCUUCUAAGGCAGUCUUGUGUAUGCUGUUGGAAUGCAUAUCGGGAGACUCGAUGUGAUAGGACGACGAACUGUAUCAGAUUCUUGGCUGAUGUUGUACAGCAGCAGCACUCCCGAAAGCGUCUACAGAUGGCAACAACGUUUUCUUCAUUCAAGGCGCAAUAGCAUAAUGCAGUCAGCCGUGGAGCAGCUUUUCCAAUGAACCUGCCUAUUCCAGGCUCAAAAAUCAGAGGGUGCUAGUCUACCAAAAGGACCAUCGUGGUGAGGCAGCAUCCUACUGCUGGCGAAGACUGCUGAUCGCGGGCAACGAAGCACGCCCAGGAACAGCAUUUCGGCUAAAAUAUGUCCACUCAAGCACUUCGCGACCAUGUGGUACUGCCAUGAGAAUGGAUCGUCCACCACGUGCGGAUAUGCGGCAGCUCUUGUGACGGGCAAUGUUGCUGGCCGCUUGGUAUCGCACAUCACUUCUACGUUCGUAUCGAUUCCGCUGCUUUCAUGACCACUGCCUGCGCUUAU